GACUCCAGCAGGUUGGAGCGCAUUAACCACGCGUAAACACACCCGCGCGCGCACACGUGCACACACAAACUUGAACACACUAAUGUUGACCGGAACGUGACCCCAACGUCAGGGUCAAUAACCCCUGUACAUCCCCAAACUAUUUUUUAUACAUCAUCAAAUACACACUUUAUUCGUCUCUCUGUUUUUUUUUUUUUCUUGUCGUGCUGGAAAUUCCGUUUUAUUUGGCUGCGAUGGGAAAGAGGCUGCGGCGGAGAGCUCUUGGUCUUCAUUGCCUCCUCCCGUCUCCCCCUCUCCACCUCACUGCCCUCGCUUGCAUCGCGCAUGCGUCUGUCGUGGAGUCUAAUCUAAACUCGUUUAACGGAGGUGUCUGGGCCAAUCUAUUUUCUGAUCGUGUUCGCCAGCUUCUGCGCCUUAUCAAAGCAUCUACACGUACGCCAAGGGGAGGGACAAUUAAAUGCUGUGCCUCGCUGCCCGAUGAGAGGCACAGACCAGUGCCAUCCGAGCUUAAUUUAGUUCCUGUAAUGAUCUCAGACUUCGCGAUGCCAAACCAAACCUAAAAAAAAAUCCCAUUGAAAAUAAACAAAAAUAUUAAGUAUAAAAAAAAAUUGUGGGGUGGAAUCAUAAGCCACAAACAUUAACCCACAAGAGGGACUGUUGCUUCAAACUUAAGUUUACUCAACCAGAGAUGCUUCUUCCUGUUCCACCCUGCCCCAUCCUCCAGAAAAAAAAAUCUGAAACUGUUUUGCGUCUAUCACUUUCAAUCAAAUUAUCUACCUCUGUUUCUAUGUUAUUUCUUCGUGUCACAAGGAUCUGGCGAAGACGCUGGACAAACUAUUUUGAAGGCAGAAGAGAAGACUGCACACACUCCGUCGCAGCGACCGCACGAACUGCACGCGGCCGCACCCGCUCGACUGCUUCCGGGAGAACUCGUGUCGUCUGCUUUCGGAACGGGCAAGCCAAAGGGCCGACACAGCUGCAGGUGUGGCAUGCGAGGCUGGAAACGCGAUGGAUGGCACGUGACGAUCGUGGGUGGCAGAUAAUGUUCGUGGGUAGAGAGCGACCGACACGAAGAGAGAGUGAGAGAGCGAGAGCCGGCGAACGAACGAACGAAACGGAGAAACAGAAAACAAGAGAGAGAGAAUAGAAAGGAUUUAUUCUGGUUACGUGGCAAGCCGAGGACGAGACUUGACAACCCGUGUGUCUCUAUAAAAGAUUUUUCCACCACGAAGGAAAGUUAAUCUGUUGAAUUUCAAUCCGCAGAAGCUGGUCUAAGACUUGUUCCGCGCUUAUCCGCCCUUGCACGCCUCUCAGUGGCCAUCCUGGUAGUUCUCAUCAUCUUGCACUAAUGAUGCCCUCGCUGCUUUUUUAUCUGGAUGUGUGACCAAGGCGGGAAAAGGUGACCAGCAGACGCUCGACACUGGCUGAUUUAUUGCCGGUACAACAGUUGUGCUUCUUGUCCGCAUCCACAAGAAUUUCACCAUCUUGUUUAAACUUCAGUUUUGUAAAGUCAUCGAGCCGAGUUUUUUCAAAAAAUCAAGUUUUCUGCGAUAAAACUUCACAAAAAAUCGUGUACAACACCAGAGCAACAGUACAACACCUGCAGGUUGGAGAGUGAAUAAAGUGGUGCAUGGAUUAAACAAAUAACAGAUUGUGGGUGUUAGUAAACAAGUGGCAUCUGACUUGACAGUGACUGGUAGAUCGGCAACGUGUCGUCUGAUAAACAAAUAAAUAAACCUUCCUUAGAAUCUUUCUGCUAUAGUGUUUAGCGGAGUGGUGGCCCCCUGCUUACAUCAGUCCGGGUGUUCUGUUGGGUGCAACGGCUCUCUCUUGGUUCGAACCCACGCUUUUCCGAUGUUGUUCCAAACUCUGCUGCACGUCGACCAUGUCCUUUUUGCACUCCUCAUCUGGAUUUCGUUGACACACAUGCUUUCAGGAAGUUUUGACGGCUUCCCCUUCACCUAUGAAUAUGACGAGGACGACGACAGCCAGCCUGACUUUGACACUCCCGACAAGAGGUUCACGGUGGACCUCGCUCCGCUCACGUCGGAGGAGGAGGCGGUGGAGGUGAGGGGUCUGUACGCCAUCUUGAAGCAAAACCCGUCCUUGAUGGACCGACGCCUGCAGGUCGGCUCCGAGAAACCGCAAAUCCCCAGCGAGCAUACCCUGGAGCGGGCAUUGGGGCACACCUCAGUAAAGAGAGGGGAAAUCCAUCACCGGCACGACAAACGGUCCUUCUCUUACCUUAACGCAGUGCCCGUGUGCUCGUCGUCCACACAGUGGCGCAUGCUGCACGUGGCCAACGACGUGAACGGCCGGGAGGUGCAGGUGUUCCAGCCUCUGGGCGAUACCGUCGGCCGCCAGUGGUUCUACAUCACAACCUGCAACUUUGAACAAACUGAGAGGUCGUCGACUAACUGCACGCGCUGCUGUCGUGGUAUAAACAUAAAUAUGUAUUACUCGCGCUGUUCGCCCCGGAAGUCGUUCGUGAUGGCGCUGGUGAAGCAGCCGCACGAGGAGCAAUACGACUGGAACUGGAUUCAGAUUGACACUAGCUGCUCCUGCUCCAUAUCGCCACUGUGAGCGACCUGGGCGCCAAGUCUCGUGCAGCCACGAGACCGCGAGAACUCAACGCUGUGCCACGAGACUUUGUCUGUUCGUCUUUGUUCUCUUCGUCGUCGCGUGCGUCUGUCUUUUACGUUGUCGGAGUUGCUGCGAAGCUGGCCGUGUUGCAGACGACAGUCAACGGCAGAGAGAGGUUGACUGCUCCACUGAGCUGCGACACAGACGCCAUCACUUGCUGGAAAGUUCUCAGUUCGGGAUUAUGUUAUCACGCUGUACCUUGUUAUCUUCACUGAUAAAUAUUACUUUGCUUCAGAUGGUUGCAUGUAUUAUGUUGUGG